GGAUGGUCCUACUCCUACAGUAUUAAAGAGACCCAUCACUAAGAAGACGAGAAAAGCGUCCAAGACAUCCGUCGCAAUUACGAACGAACCAGAGACUUGGUAGCACAGGGCAUUGAUCGCUGGUGCCCAACCGACCCUCCUCCCCACUCCCCAUUCCCCCCCUCAACACCCGAGGCAGGCUCUGGCGGCGGCCGGGACCUCGCGUCCCUACAUCGUGGCGGGAGCUGCAUUUUUCAUGAGCCCGGGGUGAACAGGUGCGAAGUGCGCUGGGAGCAUCCGGCCGGCGGCCGGGAGCAGGGAACAUGGAGAGUGAGCGCGACAUGUACCGCCAGUUCCAGGACUGGUGCCUCAGGACUUACGGGGACUCAGGCAAGACCAAGACGGUGACCCGUAAAAAAUACGAGCGGAUCGUCCAGCUCCUCAACGGCUGCGAGUCGAGCUCCACGGACAACGCCAAAUUUAAAUUCUGGGUCAAAUCGAAGGGUUUCCAGCUGGGCCAGCCGGACGAGGUCCGCGGGGGCGGCGGCGCAAAGCAAGUGCUCUACGUGCCGGUCAAGACCACGGAUGGCGUAGGGGUAGAUGAGAAGCUAUCUUUGCGGCGGGUAGCUGUGGUUGAAGAUUUCUUUGACAUUAUCUAUUCAAUGCAUGUGGAAACAGGGCCAAAUGGAGAACAAAUUCGGAAACAUGCUGGACAAAAGAGAACUUACAAAGCAAUUUCAGAGAGCUAUGCCUUCCUACCAAGAGAAGCGGUGACACGGUUUCUAAUGAGCUGCUCAGAGUGCCAGAAAAGAAUGCAUUUAAACCCAGAUGGAACAGAUCAUAAAGAUAAUGGAAAACCUCCCACUUUGGUGACCAGCAUGAUUGACUACAACAUGCCAAUUACCAUGGCCUACAUGAAGCACAUGAAACUGCAGCUGCUAAACUCACAGCAAGACGAGGAUGAAAGUUCAAUAGAAAGUGACGAAUUUGAUAUGAGUGAUUCAACACGGAUGUCAGCUGUGAACUCUGACCUUAGCUCCAAUCUUGAGGAAAGGAUGCAAAGUCCCCAGGCUCUUCACGGCCAGCAGGAUGGUACACUGGGCACCUUAAUUUCCAAAGCUCCAGGUGCUGAUUUUCCUUGGGACUCAAAGACAGAGUUUUUGGUUCCAAUUCUAUGGUACCCAGGCUGAAAUUUGAGACAAACACCAUCGAUCAGGGCCUGUGAACCUAAAGGUCAUAUCUACAGAUCUAAACACUACAUGUGUAGCAGCCCGGUACCCAUAUGCCAGCAGCCACUCAGGAUGGAGCAAACUCUGUUGGAUGAUUCUGCUGCCGAGAGCUUUAAUGGCAAUGAGACUCUGGGGCAUAGUUCAAUUGCUUCAGGGGGAACACACUGCAGGGAGAUGGGCGACUCUAACGGUGAUGGCAAAACUGGGCUGGAGCCGGACGAGCAGCCACUGAACCUGAGUGACAGUCCCCUCUCAGCACAGCUGACUUCAGAAUACAGAAUAGAUGACCACAGCAGUAAUGGAAAAAACAAAUAUAAGAAUCUGCUAAUUUCUGACCUCAAGAUGGAACAAGAAGCGAGAGAAAAUGGAAGCAAGUCCCCUGCACAUAGCUAUUCAAGCUACGACUCGGGCAAAAAUGAGAGUGUAGACCGAGGUGCUGAGGACCUGUCCCUAAACAGGGGAGAUGAGGAUGAAGAUGACCACGAUGACCACGAAGAUUCUGAGAAAGUUAACGAGACAGAUGGCGUUGAGGCCGAGCGUCUGAAAGCUUUUAAUAUGUUUGUCAGGCUGUUUGUAGAUGAAAACUUGGACCGAAUGGUCCCAAUCUCUAAGCAGCCCAAAGAAAAGAUCCAGGCUAUCAUUGACUCAUGCAGGCGACAAUUCCCUGAGUAUCAAGAGCGUGCCCGAAAACGCAUACGUACUUACCUCAAGUCCUGCAGGCGGAUGAAAAGAAGUGGUUUUGAGAUGUCUCGACCUAUUCCUUCCCACCUUACUUCAGCAGUUGCAGAGAGUAUCUUGGCUUCAGCCUGUGAGAGUGAGAGUAGAAAUGCCGCCAAGAGGAUGCGUCUGGAUAGACAACAGGAUGAAUCUGCUCCAGCUGACAAACAGUGUAAACCAGAGGCGGCCCAGGGCACUUACUCAACCUCAGCUGUUUCAGGCUCCCAGGAGGUGUUGUACAUCAACGGAAAUGGGACCUACAGUUACCAUAGUUACAGAGGGCUCGGAGGGGGACUGCUAAAUCUGAACGAUGCUUCUAGUAGUGGACCCACUGAUCUCAGCAUGAAGAGGCAGUUGGCGACCAGCUCAGGAUCCUCCAGCAGUUCGAGCUCCAGACCCCAGCUGAGUCCAACUGAAAUCAAUGCAGUGAGACAGCUGGUUGCAGGAUAUCGGGAAUCCGCUGCAUUUUUAUUGCGUUCUGCAGAUGAACUGGAAAAUCUUAUUUUACAACAGAACUGAGUCCAGCGACGAUCCUCUUCACUGAGGUUUAAAUUUGCAGUUUCCACUAAUGACGUUUUGAUUUCCCAGCAGAGAUGCGUCUGGUCUUACUGCACAGUCUUAAGAGAAAUAUUUCCAUUAUGCCACAUUGUCCUUGAUCCAUAAAGUGAUGUGUUUAGGUGCUUCAAAGGAACUCUGGCCUCUGAAGUACUUGAGAUACUUUAAUGUGUCCAGCCUACUGUUUUUUGUUUCAGUGUGCCAGCAUAAAUACCUGGGGCAAAAAAAAAAGGCUGUAUAUUCCUAAUUCAAGGAUAAAACAGAAGAAGCUUGUGGUAUAAAAAGUAGUUCAAGAUCCAACUGAAAUAUUAGUGGAAUUUGCUACUGACUUACUGGACUGAAAGCUGCAGUAUCUGGCAAAAAAUAAAAGCCAAAAUUUCUCAUUGCUACAGGAUAUAACAAUGAAAAGGAUCUUGUAUUUUAAAAAAAUAUGUAAUUUUUAUAAAAAGAAAACUUGUUUUUCAUUCAGAAUUGUCAUUUUUACUUUGGUAACUUUUUCAUAGGUCCUAAAAGAAAACUGUUUUGAGAAACUACUGUAAGUACCUUUUCCACCUCCCUUUGCCUUCUCCUCUUUCCAAAUUCUUUCUACAAAAAUAACACUUGAUGCUGGGGGAAAAAAAUACCCUUGCCUACGUUCUUUAAAUCGUCGCAUCAGGAACUACUUCCAAGAGAAGCCUGCGUUUCUGCACUCAUGCUGGUCUCAAGCAUCCCACUCACCAUUGCAGCUUUACCAUAGCGGUUUUCACCACAGAAUUUUUUAAUAUUGAAAAAGACAUAUCAUUGAAAAAAAAAUGACACCUUGAUUUCUUACAGCUGCUCUCCCCAGAUUGCCGCUGCUGUCUUAUGGGCAUCCCUCUAGCAGCCAUUGGAUGUCGAUGACUGAAUGUUAAAGAGGUUGCAAGUGACAAUCUGAAAAUUUGCACUCUUGUGUGUAGUUUUCUUUUCUCUCUUUCAGAAAUAGUUCCCAAAAAGACCAUUACCUCUCCUGAUAUAAUUUGUAUAAUUUACAGUUGUAGGUAAAAAUGAUGUAAAGAACUCUCAGUGGAUGCAGCUGCAAUCUACAAUGAACUGUCCCCUCCUCUUCCCCAUAUUUUGCCCUUCUUCCUGAUUUUAUAGUGUUGAAUACACAUGAAUGGUGUUUUCUUUGUGCACUGAGGCAAGCCUAUUUUUUAAAUAUUUAGGGAGGAGUACAUCAGUUUACGCUUCUUGUACAAUUUUUUUCUGUUGUUUGGCUUCGGUUGGAUUACAGGUUCUUUGUGCAUUCCUGAAUUUGCCUUAUUUCAUGUAAAAUUUAUGUCAUUUGGUUUUUGAUAAGUUGAAGACAUCAGUGAUAUCUCUUAACUACUUGUUACCUAUAGUUUUUCAAGUAAUGACUGUGAUUGUGACCAAGUAAUGUGCACUUUUUCUUGUAACUGUGGACAUUGCUAUGCUCUUUUCUUCUAGUGUUUCUAGAAUUACUGUUCCUUACAGUUACGUAAACAAAAAACAAAAAAACAAAAAAGAACUUUUGUGAUACUGUUGGUGAAUAUAAUGUGAAAAUCUUAUUGAAAUAUGAGUAUUUUGGAAAUACAUAGAUGCACAAACAUCUUUUAAGGUGUGGAUUUAGAGUUUGCUUAUUUAAAUGAAAAUUCAAAAACUGAGGGCUGGUAUAAUUUUCUCUGUUUUGUUGGGUUUAAUAAACAGAUUUCUGUGUUAAAA